UCCAACUCAAAUUCAUCCAACAAAUUAAACUUUGAAAUCUUAAGAAUUAAAGAUGGCUUCUUCUUCUUCUCCUAAGUUGGUACUUUUGAUGUGUUUUAUGAUUAGUGCUUUUGGCAUUGCAAUUGGGGCCAAGUUCGAUCAAGAAUUUGACAUCACAUGGGGUGAUGGCAGAGCAAAGAUACUCAACAAUGGAGACCUCCUAACUCUCUCACUUGACAAAAUCUCUGGCUCUGGUUUUCAAUCGAAGAAUGAAUAUCUCUUUGGUAAAAUUGACAUGCAGCUUAAACUUGUCCCUGGAAAUUCUGCUGGCACUGUAACUGCUUACUAUCUGUCAUCACAAGGACCAACACAUGAUGAGAUAGAUUUUGAAUUCUUGGGAAAUCUUAGUGGUGAUCCGUAUACUCUCCAUACUAAUGUAUUUAGCCAAGGCAAAGGAAACAGAGAGCAACAAUUCCAUCUCUGGUUUGAUCCUACUGCUGAUUUCCACACUUAUUCCAUCCUUUGGAAUGCACAACGCAUCAUAUUCUAUGUGGAUGGAACGCCCAUUAGAGAAUACAAGAAUAGUGAAUCAAUGGGAGUUUCAUAUCCCAAGAACCAACCAAUGAGGAUAUACUCAAGUCUUUGGAAUGCAGAUGAUUGGGCUACAAGAGGAGGACUUGUCAAGACUGAUUGGAGCCAAGCACCCUUUAGUGCUUCUUACAGAAACUUCAAUGCCAAUGCUUGUAUACCCAAUUCUCCAUCAUCAUCAUCUUCUUGCAAUUCCAAUCCUUCAACUUCAUCCAGCAGUUCAUGGUUGAAUGAAGAGUUAGAUAACACAAGCCAAGAGAGGCUCAAAUGGGUGCAGAAGAAUUACAUGGUUUAUAAUUACUGCAGUGAUUCCAAACGAUUUCCACAAGGAUUUCCAGCGGAUUGUGUUCAGAAUAGUUGAGCAUUUAUUGUGAAAAAUAUUGUAUUCUUUUAUUUUGAUCUCUAAAACUAUUGUAUUGAUUCUUUUAUUGUUAUGUACCAACCAGUAGAAGAUGCAUUUAUUAUUGAGGAUUAGAAGUAAUUUAGUUUUGUAUUAAAUUUAUACAAACCAUGAAAUAAAUCUAUUCUUUUGUA